GGCGUGCGCGUUCCUGAAGACACCGUGGCCGGACCUUCCGCGAUACUGCGGUUGUGCGACGCAAACGAGUGUAUCUCGGACAACUAGGACGCCGGGAGCACAGGUGCAGGUGCGGGUGCGUGUAUAUAGUCGUACAAAUCGUGAGGACGUAGGCUGGAACGAGGUAGGUGUGCGAAGUUGGCGACACGGUUCCAUUGUUGUCGGUAGUUGUCGUGGCAGAAUGGACGGUAGCACGGAUCCUCCGUCAGACUUGACGGCAAUGGAUAGUGAGAACGAAGCAAGAUCAAAAACGCAACAAGGCACCGACGAUAGGACCAAUUCUUCUGCAUCAUCUGGGACGGCCACCACCAGUUCCACAUAUUCUACGACGCAACCUGAUCAGUCAGCAGAAUAUUGCGGUCAAGGCUCGAUAAGGACCGGCUCGGCUUCUCCACUCCCUAUGACCUCCUCGUCUUCUUCAUCGUCAUCGUUGUCGUCCUCCUCCACGCCGCCACCGCAACCGGGGUGUGGCUGUGUCGCCGCCACUGUCCUCGAACCCGACGAAAUUACGAUCAGCAUCACGCCGACCACCGGUGGACAGUUUGAUCUUACGGUCGACCGUACUGAUACCGUUGAAAACCUUAAAAAGAUCAUCUCGAAAAGGUUGAAGGUCGCGAAGGAACGUAUUUGUUUACUACAUCGUGAAAGACAAUUACGCGAAGGAACGCUGGAAGAAAAUCGUUUACAAGAUGGCAGUCGGCUCACAUUGCUACCAAGCGUGGAAACUGGCCUAUUGGCACAACGACCGGAGCAAAGCGUGAUGCAGGCGUUAGAGAGUUUAAACGAUUCUCAGGUGAACGAUUUCCUGUCCGGCAAGGCUCCUCUGAAUCUUACCAUGCGAUUAGGAGAUCACAUGAUGUUAAUCCAACUACAACUAUCCACCGUAACUACAGCUUCGCCAACGAGUAAUCAAACAACUAGCAAUACAGCAGGGUUAACUAUUGGUGGAAACAGUUCGAAUGGAUCUAAUUUACCUACCAGCCAUGUUUCGACUUCUUUGCAAAGUAGACGGUCCACUGUUCUCGCUGCCCGUUCUACAAGCAGCGCUUCCACGAAAUUACAAAAUGGUGCCGCUGUAGCAAGGACAUCUUCUCUGGUGAAUAGGCUGCUUUCAGCUUUGUAUGAAACAGCCGGUUGGACCACCAGUCUCUCAACAGCCACGACAACGACCAGUCCAGUCUGUUCUAGCCGUGCCACAACUGCCUCCUCUGUUUCCUCCUCAUCCUCCUAUUCGUCUGUUAGUCCACCACACUCACCCUUUUGCGUUAGCCAAGCACCAUCUGCCCGAACUGGUAGUAGUCACGGUUCAGUUUCGCCCAAUGGAAACUCCAACGCCUGUCAGUCUUGCCUUCUCUAUCAUCAUCAUCAUCACCAUCACCAUAGUCACCACCAUCACCACCACCACCAUCAUCAUCAUCAUCACUCAAGAAAUAAACCCAUCAGCUCCUUUAGUUAUACCCAAUCUUCUUCAUCUUCUUCCUCUUCAUCCUCCUCAUCCUCCUCGUCCUCUUCGUCCUCCUCAUCCUCUGCAUCUUCCGCAUCCUCCGCAUCCUCCUUGGAGCACCUGCAACAAUCUACCUCUAGCGGACAUGGAUGUAUGGAAUCGAUGCCAUACGAUAUAACCCCGCCAAGAAAAAAACUCUGCACAGCUCACCAUCAUGGCCAACAAACUGCCAACGGUAUUAUGGACGCCUCCAGGAAUUAUACCGUAGAUGGAGACAGCAGUCUCCAGAGUCCUCCUACCUCUUCGUUGGCUGAGCAGAAUUCCAAGGCUGCAACUUUAGACACCAGGGCACUAGCUGAAGCUUCUCGUAAUUUGACGCAGAAACUAAAGCAGCUCUCCUCUGAGGUACUCACCUCGCGGGUCGACCUCGCAGAGGAAAACGCAAGACGCAGACAAGGUGCAAUAAUAGAGAGUAUGCAUCACCAUGGAAAAGGUGUGUAUUCCGGUACAUUUAGUGGGACCCUAAAUCCAGCACUUCAGGAUAGACAUGGGCGUCCUAAGCGGGAUAUAAGUACCAUCAUUCAUAUCCUUAAUGACUUACUGUGUGCUACACCAGCUGCUACCGCAGGUCAUUAUAGGCAUCAUCACAGGCAUUCUAGCAGUCGUCAACAGUCUUCAACUUCUCCGUCCUCAAAUGGAACGAUAAAUACCGUAAAUGGUGCCUCGACACCCAUUGUUGGUUGUCAUGAUUCCUCCAAUCCUAGUUAUUCUACUGAGGAAUUAUCAAAGGAAAAUGAAGCAACUAAAGGAAAAAUGAGACGUUUACGUUUGGUAAUGGAACAACAACGUGCUAAGAGAAAAGCUAGAAGACAAGCAGGAGCAGCACCUUAUACUACACAGUGGGCGGCAGUGACACCGGAUCCAGAUCCAAAUCAUGAUCCAAAUACACCAAGUACCAGUACUACAAAUGCAACAGAACCUCAAAAUGAACCAGAGUUACAACCUUGUAGUCCUGAACCCGUCGUAGCUUGAACGUGUUGAUGAUUAAUUCACGUAGAGAGUAAUAAUUGUAUAAUGUAAACUCAGUUUUUUACUAGCGCACUGAUUUAUUCAAGAAUAAGCGGGCAGACUCUAGUGCUUUUCACCGCGUAUAUUUACCAGGAAGGAUUUCGUUUUGACAACACUAUCGACUAUCAAGAGCUGAUCUUGUUUAUGGAAGAAAAAAUUAAAUACCUCGAAAUUAUUUUAAAAACACUACAAAUGGCGAAUUGGAUGUAUUACGUUGAUCUCUUCCGCGAUAUAUGGAAUAUUGUAACGAAAAUAGAAAAUCUGUUGGAAGGCUGUAUGCUAUAGUUAUGUACGUGUGACAUUCUAUACGCAUAAUUUUCGGUAUUGCCUAUGAUACAUGUACCUCCAGUCCAUAUAUAUUAUUGGAAUGUUUGGACUUUGUUUAAAAAUGCUAUAAUAAAUGGCAAAAUUUGAAUAAAAAAAACUUAGCAAUAUUGUAUAAUGGAAUGGCGUGCAAUGUUAGCCACGAUAUAGAAAUUAUUAAAUCGAAGUUUCACAGGAAACCUGUAUACGUCUUCACUGGAAACUUUUAUGCUAUAUUUAAUAGAGAAGAAAGAUUCUAACUUACAAAUAAUUAAACCACAUUAAAGAACUGUUUUGGCUAUUACUCAGGACUUGAUCAUAGCUGACAAUAAUUGCACUCGAUGAAUGAAUCAGUGCGACCAGCACGUACAGAACAGAGAAAAUCGACAAAUAAAUAAAAGUGGAAUUCUCUAUGGAAAAAGAAGAAAAAAAUAUGCUAGAGAAGAAGAGAUUUGUCGAUAAAUUUAGGAAAAUAAAGGUCGUCACUUUGAUCAUUGAUUAUCAAUUUCUGUCGGUAACGACAUAUACUCAAGUUUAGUAGACACGAGUAGAUAAUUUUAAUCUCACACAUUUUCGCGAAUCGCAGGAAAGACUGUUACAAAAAAGGCAAUGUUACAAUUGUUUAUUCACGAUACAAUGAAAACUUCAGAACUUGUUGCAAGACGCGGAAGCAAAUCUCUUUCUUUUUUUUCUUUUUCUUUUUUCCAACAGAAAUAUUUAUGUUUGUCGGUGGACUGAUUGAACUGUAUUGGAAUGGACCUACUUACAACAAGUGCACUUUGUGAUAUCACUGAUUAUAUUCAUAUAAAAUUUUACAUAUGGAUGAAUUGACAUAAAAUAGUUCAACAUACUACGGAGAAACUUUUUUUUUGAUUUAUCAGUGAGAUCAAGGCUUGUAUUCAUAUAAUGACAUUGAUUCUUCGCGCUUAAAGCACCACUAAAAUCUAACAUGUAAUACUGAUCAAUCAGUUCAUACAUCAGUCAUUUCAUGUCAGUUAAUGAAUAUAAAAAUAAGAAUAGACUGGAUUUUUAACUCAGAAAUAUUGAGUCGUAAGUUUGAUUGCUCUGUCCAAGGAUUGUCGUAAGUAUUAUCGUUCGACAAGCAAAAAGAAAAACUCGAAGCACGCGGAUAAAUGGUCCUAUAGUUAGAAUUAGAAAAUCCUAUCGCAUGGCUCUGACGCCAGAAUUCGUUUAAGUUUCACUAGGUACUAAAUAAUAUAAUAUUAUCUAAUAAUAGCGUAUUACGUUUAAGUUACUUAGGAGAAAAAAAAUAUUACUAUUAUUAUAUUAUUAUCAUUAC